AUUGGAGAAGCAAGACUUUCGUUCCGUGCGAGAUCUUCAAAAACACUUCAAGAUCCUCCUCCACCACACAUCCUUGCAUGGAUAAAAACUGGAAUUUCGGCAUUGAUCCCAAUUAGAGUUGAAUUAUUGGCCUUUAUCGCAUCAAUUCACUUUGAAAUAAAAUUAACUGGGACUUCACCUUUCGUAUCAAAUGCAAGAAUAAGCUUUCUGAACGUACCAGUUUAUGAAACUAGCAUUAUGCCAUUAAUACCAGUGAACAUUGCACAAUUUCCUCUAAUCAAACAAUUCAUUCGCAGUGCUGUACAUUCAGUAUUAAAAGAUCUUACAUAUCCCAAAUUCAAAGAUAUUAAUUUGGGCGAGUUACUAUCGACGGUCCCUGUUAAUGACACACAAACAACUGGUAUAAUGAAGGUUGAUAUAUUUAGAGCAAGAAACCUGACAAAAGUUGAUGUAAACGGUGAAAAUGAUCCAUAUGUGUUGUCAUCAUUAGAUCCAUCUCCUUAUAUGCAUACCCAUAACACAACUCACAUCAUCUAUAAUUGUGCAAAACCUGAAUGGUGUGAAACUUUCUUUCAUAAAAUUCCGCAGCUUGAUAUUGUUGAUGAAUAUAUAAAAUUCAAGUUAAGCGUCAUGGAUUGGGAUAGAUUUACUCCUGAUGAUCUAAUUGGAAAUGUAUGGAUUGACAUUAAGAAUGAGAUUGGUGAUGGAACUAAAAGAGUUAAAAUUUGUGAUGGUGAUAUUAGAUCUGAUAAAAAUUUUCAAAUUAUUGAACUCCUUAUUAGGUGGCGUGAUCUUUAUCUUAAACCUACGGAUUCAUCAUCUCGUGGACAAUUACAAUUUCGGUUAGAAUAUUUCCCAAAGUUAUCUAAAAACGUUGAACCGUCUCAUGAUCAAACUUCUGGAAUUCUCGGUCUCCAAAUCCAUCAGGCUAUGAGCUUGCAAGUUACAGCUGCACCAUAUGUUAAAGAAGCAUCUGGAAUAGUUUUGUCUGAUAAUGUUUACAAUGCAACGUAUCCAAAUCCUUAUUGUGUCGUAUAUUUGAACGAUAUUAGAGUAUUUAGAACUCGUGCCAAAUUAAACAAUACUGCGCCAUACUGGAACGCAUCUACUGAACAAUUUGUUAAAGAUUGGAAAACUGCAGUUGUUAGAAUUGUUAUUAAGGAUCAAAAAGAUCUGGAAUAUGAUCCUGUGAUUGGAAUGGCAACAAUUCCUUUAAAGGGACUUCUUGAGCAUAAGGGAAAGCAAGGAGCAAAAUGGUAUCCAUUACGACAUGGCGUUGGAUGCGGCAAAAUUAGAUUAAGUUUCAUCUUCAGAAGUGUAGAAAUUAAUUUAUCGCCAGAAGAAAAAGGAUAUGAUGUGGGAACUUUACUCGUGCAUUCAAUUGUGGCUGAAGAUUUAGAUCCGAAACUAACGUGUAAUAAUUUUUCCUUAACGCUUUCACUAUACGGUUCUUCGAAAAAUGAACAAUAUACAAUAACAUCUCAAGGUAAUACACCGAGUUGGCUAGUUACUUCAAAUCAUGCAGAAGAUCAAAAUAAGUUACAAUUUGGAGUACUAAGACGUCACAGAACCGGACUUGUAAUUACAUUGAAACAACGUGGCAUAUUUGGAAUGACUCACACUGUGGGCACUGCUACCUUUUGGUUGAAAGAUAUUCGCGAUUGUAAAGAAGUUGAAGUUAAGUUACCAAUAUACGCAAAGAAUUCUGAAAAUAUUAUGUUGCAAGAUCAGACUGACCUAACAAAUAAUGAAGAAGUUUCUCGUCCUCAACAUGUAACUUUUAAAGACAAUCUAUCGAAUGCAGCUGAAAGACUGUCUAAAGAAAUAAUUUCCAAUGAAUUACAACAAUCACAUGAAGCUAUUUCCAAUGAAUCACAAAACGAAGAAAUCAUUUACGAUGAACCGCAGGAAUUUGAUGAAUCGAGUAAUAUUACAACAAAUGAAUUAUCACAACAGGAAGGAUGCCAUAAUUUCUCGUCUUCAUCAAAUGAUACAAAUAAAAAAUUUAAAGGUUACCUUAAGGUUAAACUUUAUUUCCGACCGGGUUUAUCAACAGCUCAUGAAGAAGAUGUUAGGAAAAGUUUAACAGGAGUAAACGCAAGUGUUUUAGAACUUAAUCCAUUUCAAAAUGUUCAUAUUCGCAGAGAUGAUAAUGAAACAGAAAUGGUUCAAAUUGAAGAACGAAGUGUGCCUGAUGAUACAGAAAUGUAUGAAAGUGAGGUUGGAUCAGGACGUCGAAUAAAUCGAGUCCAUCGUCGGAAAAGUAUUAGGCAAUUACAAUGGGUUAAAGAUUUGGUUAGGGCUCAAGUCACAAAAAAAAUGACUGGGAAAAAAGAUUGGGAAGAACAAGAAAUUAUCGAGCAUGAGGCCUAG